AUCACUCCCCCAUUUUGCCCCCUUUAAUCUUACUCUCUUACUUACACAAAAAGCUAAAGUUUGCAGUCCUUGUAUUGGAGACUGGGAACACUCUCACUCUCUCUUUCUCUUUAAAGGGAAAAAGGAGAAUCCAGCAUGAUUUCCAUCACUACCCAACUACUUAUAACACCCAGCCCCACAUACACAUUUACACAUUACCUAUAAGAAAUUUUAACCCUUUUUUUUUUUUUUCCUUUAAUUCUUCUUUCUAAUUAACUUCAUGCCUCCAACCUCCCCUCCUCAGCAUUCAUCAUCUUUCUAAAAUAUGGUAAAAGGAUGAUCCUUUUGGUUUCUCACAACAACAAUGCUCCAAGUUUCCUUGCUUUCAUAUGGUGGCCGCUUCAUUUCUAUGGACGACUAACACUCCCCACAGAUCCCACCAGUGUCAUCAAAUCAAAUUUCCUUGCUUUGGACACCGCCUGAGCAUGGCCUCUGCUUUAUGUUUCAUCAACAUCUCCCAAACCAUUCUCAUUUUUGUCCUGCUUUUUUCACUCCUUUUUGUCUCCACAAUAACACCAGUGCACUCGACGCCAAACCACGCCACAAAUCAGACUGAUUUCCAUCCCCAAGAGGAAUUAAACAAGUUGAACAUGAUAAGGGCUCAUUUGGACAAGAUCAACAAGCCUGCUAUCCACACAAUUCAGAGUCCUGACGGAGACCUCAUAGAUUGUGUUUUAUCUCACCAGCAACCAGCAUUUGACCAUCCAAAGUUGCAGGGGCAAAUACCUUUGGAUCCGCCAGAGAGACCUCAAGGACAUAAGCCACCUAGGACGGUGACAGAGAGCUUCCAAUUAUGGAGCAUGAACGGGGAAAAUUGCCCAGAAGGAACAGUGCCCAUAAGAAGAACAACUGAGGAAGACAUGCUAAGAGCUACCUCUUUUCAGAUGUUUGGGAAAAAAGUAAGCAGAUGGGUUAGGAGAGAAACAAGCAGCGACGGGCAUGAGCACGCUGUGGGGUAUGUGACCGGCGAUCACUACUUCGGGGCAAAAGCAAGCAUCAAUGUGUGGGCACCUCGAGUUGCCGAUCAGUAUGAAUUCAGCUUAUCGCAAAUGUGGGUCAUCUCCGGCUCCUUCGGCGAUGACCUCAACACCAUUGAAGCUGGUUGGCAGGUUAGUCCAGAACUGUACGGAGACAAUUACCCAAGAUUCUUUACUUACUGGACCUCGGAUGCAUACCAAGCAACCGGGUGUUACAAUUUGCUAUGCUCUGGGUUUGUUCAGACAAAUAACAAGAUUGCAAUUGGGGCUGCAAUUUCUCCAACAUCUUCGUUUGAGGGUGGUCAAUUCGACAUCAGCUUGUUGGUUUGGAAGGAUCCGAAGCAUGGAAAUUGGUGGCUGGAAUUCGGGUCGGGAGUUUUGGUGGGAUACUGGCCGUCGUUCUUGUUCACCCAUUUACGUGACCAUGCAACAAUGGUGCAAUUCGGGGGAGAGGUGGUGAACUCAAGUCCGUCGGGAUUCCACACCACCACAGAGAUGGGGAGUGGGCAUUUCGCCGGCGAAGGAUUCGGAAAAGCUUCAUACUUUCGGAAUCUGCAAGUGGUGGAUUGGGACAACAGCUUAGUUCCAUUAUCAAACCUCGUGGUUUUGGCUGAUCAUCCCAACUGCUAUGACAUUCAAGGUGGGAUCAACACCGUUUGGGGAAACUACUUUUACUACGGUGGACCUGGUCGAAACGACAGAUGUCCUUGACUUCAUAUGAGCCUAUAAUGGUAAAUACACUUUUUGUUUUUAUUUUUAUUUAUCUUUUUUACUUUUUCAUUUUUCUCUCUUUAAAUUAUUCAAAUUUAUUUGUGGGGGUCAUAGCUAUACCGAUAAAAGGAAAGGGGCGUUGGAUGUUUUUGGAAAAUUUUCCUCUAAUUUGGCGCCAUUCUUGUAUUCCCAUUUCAAUUUUUUGGGUAUUAAGACAAAAUUCAGUAAUAGGUGAUGAAUAUUAUAUCACCUUAUUUAGGACUUUAUAUUUGUAAAUUCCGGCCAAACAAAUAGCGAUAUUAAUUUAAUUCUCUAUUUACUUCCUGCUUUCC